ACCUCUUGUUGACUCCUUUCAUUGCAGCCCCGAGCGGCAUUAAGGCAUCUUUGUUCCGAAAAGCUUGCAUGUAAAACGCUGGAAGAUAUUUCGCUGUUCAUGAUCGCUUGGUCAAGAAAGAAGAUCAAGAAACUAAAAAAGGUGAACGUGCUUCUAACAGGGUGGCUAACCAUAACCGCGUAAAGAUGCUCGGCGAGUGCCUGAUAAUUCUUGCGGCGCUAGCCCUCCCGGCGGUGUACUUGGAAGAGUUACACGGCAGCGUGUACCCGUUCAGCCAGCCGGAAUUGUUCCACAAGAAGAACAGCUGCAAAACCAUUCCGAGCACCCUGCUUCUGUGCAAUGAUAUCGAGUAUAACGAAAUGCGGCUGCCCAAUCUGCUGGGGCACGAAACCAUUAAGGAGGUCCUGCAGCAAGCCAAUUCGUGGAUUCCUCUGGUGCACAAGCAGUGCCAUCCUGACACCAAGAAGUUUCUGUGUUCUCUCUUUGCUCCAGUGUGCCUGGACGAGGUGGACGAACCCAUCGAGCCGUGCAGAUCGCUUUGUGAACAGGUCAAGGAGAGCUGCGCCCCCGUCAUGCUCGCGUUCGGCUUUCCUUGGCCCGAUAUGCUGGAAUGUAGCCGCUUCCCCGUGGAUAACGACCUGUGCAUCCCACUGAGCAAUCCCGAUCAACUGGUACAUCCUACACAAGAAGUGCCCAAGGUUUGUGACGCGUGUAAAGAUAACGAAGAAGACGACAACGAGAUUGUAGACAACCUCUGUAAAAAUGACUUUGCCCUGAAGAUAAAAGUGAAGGAGAUCUCGUACAUCAACGGGGACACCAAAAUUAUCCCGGAGACAAAGAGCAAAACGAUCUAUAAACUGAAUGGAGUGACGGAGCGCGACCUGAAGAAGACCGUGCUGUGGCUUAAAGACGGCCUGCAGUGCACCUGCGACGAGAUGAACGACAUCAACGCCCCCUAUUUAGUGAUGGGACAAAAGCUCGGCGGGAACCUGGUCAUAACCUCAGUGAAGAGAUGGCAGCGGGGACAGAGGGAGUUUAAGAGAAUCUCGCGCAGCAUCCGCAAACUGCAGUGUUAAUGGGCGCCUCCUCGCUUCCCCUCUCGAAAAAGAAGUGAAUGAAAUAAACGACACACAUCGGUAACAUUCAUCUAAAAGGGACUUGAAAGUGUCCGCUGCCAAAAGUUCAUUCAAAUGCAUGUCCAUAGAUGACUCGCGUAAGCGUAAAUGACUACCUGACCAGAACACCCCUCCAUUUACUUUGCAGAGGCCCAUAACUUUAGCCGGCUAAGGGUUGGAGUUCACCUUUUGGACCGCAGUCACAAGCCUUUCGGAAUUUGGUUCGAGAUAAUCGCGGGUUGUAUAGAAUGUGACACUUGUAGUAACAUCAAUAAUACUCUAAGGGGCGCUGUAUGCCCGGAAAAAGUGGUGCCUUUCCCGUUUUCAAGCAAAAAACGUUUAUGUUUUCCAUUGCUCGUUUUGACAGAAGGGUUUCUGGACAGGCAAUUAUUUGCCCAUACAACUUACGGUCACUUUUUUGUAGACACUUUCUGCAUGAAACACGUGAAUGUUGACCCGACAAUCAUUCGUUUGUCAUUUUUUUAUUUUAUAUUUUUUUGCCUGGAGCCGGGAGCUUCGAUUUUUCGUUUUCAAUUUAAUUUUUAAUAACCAAAGCUAGUUUAAUUGCCUCUUGCUUUUUGAUCCAUACAGCAUUUACUUUAUACGGUAUUGAGCUUACUGCUCCCAGUUGUGCUUUAGAAAGGAUGCGUGUGUUCGUAUUGAAGAACCGCUGCCUUGAUAUUUGUUUGUAGGGUGGCUGUUAAGAUGGAAUGCUUCCAUUCGUUCAUCCAUCCAUUUUCAUAAGCUUUAUGUACAAUAGUAUGGAGGAAUAUUUCGGACUACAUAAAAUAAAUUAAAUUAAUGUGAAUGGUGAUAAUAAAUAAAUAAUAACACGAAAUGUGAGUAUCCAUCCUAUCCAUCUAUUUCCUAAAUACGAAUGUAGAGUAGCUGGAGUCAGUUCCAGCAAGUUUAUAUAUCAAUUAAACAUGUCAGGAAA